CUUAAUAAAAUAUUAAAAAAGAAUUGCGUUUUAUUUAGACUUUUUAUAUAACUUGUGGGGCCGCAUGUGCCUCUAUAGUCUAUCAAGAUGCCACCACGCUAAUUAUUUAACCGCACGCGGACAAAAUACGCUUUCUCGCGAACGCUCGGCCUUCGCUCGAACUUAGAUAUAUGUAUGAAUAAAUUCGACUCAUUUUCAUCAAAUUCAUCUCAUUUUGAGACACAAGGAAAAACCAUGCUAUGAAAUGGCGUAAAAAAACUAUUCUAAAAUUUAUGGCAUUAUAGAAACAACGAAGUAAAAAGAAAUAAUUUAAAUAUUAUUUUUAUCAAAUAACAGGAGAGAUAUACUGCAAAAAUUUCAACAAUGCUAUAGAUGUAUAAACAUAAUACAGAAAUUCCUGGUUUGUUUUUGAAUGUGUCCGGACGAGGUAUAGAAUUAACGUUUGCCGAUCGUUAAACUGGAUACCGUAGGCGAUAUUUUCGAUUAGUACGUCGAUUACACGCGCAGCAACGAUACUGUGUGUAAUUGUGAAAUAUCUCGUUAAUUAAAAGUCAAUCAUAAAAGAGUUUUAAAAAGCGCACUCGUAACAGCUUCGAUGGAUAACACGUGUCUCUAUAUAUGAACCUUUAUCCACGGAGUAUCGAAAAAUGCCAAAGAUCGAACAGAAGUUCGACGAGUGAAGAAAAGGAAAAAGGAAAGUCAAUUGCCAAACCCUCUAUCGAAUUGCCGAGAAAUUCAAAACCAUAUACGUUUGCAUAUUAGAGACGCGUGCCUUUAACUCGAAUUGAAACAUCAAAGAGACGCCGCGCCGCUAAGAUCUCAAUGUAUCAAGGCUGCAUCCAUUCUAUCGAGAAACUGCAAUACGAAUUAAAAUCAUACGGCUGUGAUCUACGAGUCUCCAACCCGAUUCAAUUGGACGAUCAUGUUUUCGCGAAUCAUGCAGAAGUCACAGCUCUCAAAUUCUGUCAUUGCUCGAGGAUCUUCGCCGACGAGAAAUCGCUUAAAAAUCAUAUUCAAGUGAAGCACAAGUUACAAUAUUGUCGCUGUUCAUUUUGCAGUACACCUUACGAAAAUUUUAGACGUUUGAAGACGCUCAGUAAACAAUAUAUGUGUCCAUACUGUCACAAAUGUUUCUACAGAUGGAAAGAUUUAAGUGUUCAUAUGAGCAUACACGAGAAGCUAAUGAGAUGCAAAAUAUGUGGGAAGAAGUUCAGUACAAAAUGGUUGAUGCGGCAGCAUUUGAUCGAUAAACAUUCAGAAAAGGAAUGCGAUUGGUCACCAAGUCAUUGUUCUACAGAUAUAAGAAAUCAAGGAGCAGCAAACAAGUUGCAGAACCAGAUUCACUAAUGGACAACCACCAAUAUAGUUAUUCUCGAAGAACAUACAAUAUACUCUCUUAUGGGAAAUCGCAUGAAUAAAAUGAAUUUUAUCCGGACAUCCAAUAUAAAGACUCCGAAGAAUUUUUACUUUUUUGUCGAUUUAUCGUUAGAAAUAACACUUAUUCUAACGAUAAAUCGAUUAAAUGUUUAUAGCGCAUAAAUAUAUCUCUUAAAUUAAUGACGUUAACGCGGGAUUAAAUAAAUAAAUUACAAAACAGAACGUAACAAAAGGAUAAAGAUUUUUCUCUGCUAGAGUGACACGUGCAAAUUACGCAUAAAAGACAAAAGAUUAAUGAAUAUUUUUGGUGUUCAAUAUACAAGUUUGUAUGCUGUUUGGCUGCUCAAAUAG